AUGUGGCGGUCUCUAAAUCUGCUCCGGUGUGUACCCGGCCAAUACAAUGCUAGCCGUCGAGCUAUUCAGACCGCCAGCGCGUCCCGAAUCCCGAACUUCGCCUUUGCCUUUGACAUUGAUGGCGUCCUCCUACGAGCUUCGAAACCUAUCCCUGGCGCUGCCGAUUCAUUAGCCCUCCUGAAAGAGCAGGGGAUCCCCUUCAUCUUACUUACCAAUGGCGGAGGUAAACACGAGACAGAGCGCGUUGCAGAAAUCAGCGAGAAGCUCAAUGUGUCACUGGAUGCAACGGACAUCGUUCAAAGUCAUUCACCUUUUGCGGAACUAGUCAAGGGACCUGAUGCGGCGAGCGCGCUCGAGAACAAAUGUGUUUUGGUGGCUGGAGGUGAUGGCGACAAUUGUCGACGAGUGGCGGAGCAAUACGGUUUCAAGAAUGUCGUGACACCGGGUGAUAUCUUUAUGGCCAAUCCCUCGGUUUGGCCCUUCUCGAAGAACUUCUCGGAUCACUAUAAGACUUUUGCCCGGCCGCUUCCUAAGCCGCUCGAUUCCACCGAUAUAACUAAGGGUCUCAAGAUUGAUGCUGUCUUUGUAUUCAAUGAUCCUCGUGACUGGGGACUUGAUACCCAAGUGAUUAUGGAUCUCUUGCUCUCGUCGCAAGGCCACGUCGGUACGCUGUCAGAGAAGAACGGCCGAACCGACCUGCCCAACCACGGCUACCAGCAGGAUGGUCAGCCACAUUUGUAUUUCUCCAAUCCUGAUCUUUGGUGGGCAGCAGCCUAUCCUCUGUCACGUCUUGGCCAGGGCGGGUUCCGAGAAGCACUCGAGGGUGUCUGGGCUGCGGCCACCGGUGGACCCGGCAAAGGCAUUGAGCUGAAGAAAACCGUGAUCGGAAAACCAUACCAGGGGACGUACGAAUUCGCCGAAAGGCAGCUGCUCCGCAACCGGUCCAAGGUCUUUGGCACAGAUCUGCCACCCUUGCAGCGAGUCUAUAUGGUUGGGGACAACCCGGAAUCGGACAUUCGGGGCGCAAACUCCUACCGCAGUGGGUCCGGCAGCAGCUGGGAGUCCAUUUUGGUCCGGACUGGUGUCUAUACUGGAGGCGAUCCUGCAUGGACUCCUAAAACAAUUACCGAUGAUGUACAGAAGGCUGUUCAAUGGGCACUGAAAUCUUCAAAGUGGUGA